GUAAUGGGAGUGUGCUUGUGUUUUUGAAUACCCCUGGCGCUCCUUCCCCUAAACCCUACUCUACUGUGUUUUCAAUUUCUUCAGCACAAUGAAGCUCGUUAGGUUCAUGCGACAUCUUCAAUUUUUAUUCUCUGUGUGGAUGUUAGCAUGAACACACAUCUGAAGGCUGUCAAAAUUACGCUAAAAGGGGAGAAUCCAGUGACGUUGGAUCACCUAACUGUGAGGGGUAACAACAUCCGUUAUUACAUCCUCCCCAGCUUAAAUCUUGAGACGCUGGUGGUGGAAGAAACACCAAGGGUGAAGCCAAAGAAGCCAACAGCUGGAAAGCCUAUGGGACGUGGUUGUAGGCGCGGUCGUGGGCGUGGACGUGGUCGAGGCCGCUAAAUGCAUUCCAGCUGCUCUAAUUUUUUGAUGUAAACAUGUGUACGGAUUGAGAGAUUUGCUCUUGGUUUUUCUAGUAGAAAAAAAGAUAGAUCUCAUGCAACAAUUUAUUUUGGAUCUUUGAAGUCAGGAGCAUGUUAUUUCGCUGCAUCAUAUUGUCUGCUAACAUUACUUUCGUAUGGCAUUCAAUUUUGUUCUGCUUUGUCAAA